CGACGCACGGGACGUGGACAUGACGGGCGUAGACACGGGCGUCGACCAGGCACCGCAGGUCGAGACUUUCGCUGAGCGUCGUGCACCACAUGUCGAGACUUUCGCCGUCGAAGUUCGUGUACCACAGGUCGACACUUGCUCGCUUGCUGCCGUCGAACGUCGUAUACAAGACCCGGCCCGCGUCCUGUGCGUCAACUGCCAGGCACUAUCCCGAAGUGUCUUAUGUGUCGACUGCCAGUCACCACAGCCACCGGUCGAGACUUGCUCGCUCGCUGCCGUCGAAGGUCUUGCACAGGUCGAGACUUUCGCUGUCGAAGAGCGUUGUCCAUCCCAGGUCCACGCUGCCGUCGAGCGUCGUGCUCAGGUCAACACUUUCGCUGCCGAGCGUCGUGCACCACUCCGCGCCGACACUUACUCGCCCGCUGUCGAUGGUGCACCGGUCCGCGCUGCCGAGCGUGCACAAGAAUCAAUCCGCGUCCUGUGCGUCAACUGCCAGUCGCCACCGGUUGAGACUUGCUCGCUCGCUGCCGUCGAGCGUGUACUACAGGUCCACGCUGUCGAAGGUGCACAAGCCGACACUUACUCGCCUGUCGAGCGUCGUGCACCACUCCACGCCGACACUUACUCGCCCGCUAUCGAUCGUGCACCACCAGUCCAGACUUACUCGCCCGCUGUCGAGCGUCGUACACCCCAGGUCCACGCACCACAGGCCGACACUUUUGACCGUCGAAAUACAGCUCGGAGCGUCCCGCGGGUGCAGCAGAUGUAGCACAUGCGGAUGCAGGGGGCCCCGGGUGCAGCACAUGCAGAUGCAGCCCGGCAUACAGGGGAACAUGCAGGGGCCCCACAUACACAUGCAGCCGGCACCUCCGGCAGCUCCGGACGCCGGGAUGCCCUGGCACAUGCCCAUCCAGCCCUGGCACAUCCAGCACAUCCCCUGGCACAUCCACGACAUGCAGGGCCCAGCGCACGCCCGCGGACCUGCCCGUGGUUACUACAUUAGCUGGUAUAUGCAGGGGGGGGCCGGGGGGGAACUCGGGACGGUGGGCCAGGGGGUCAGCCAGCUACUACAGGCGCCGCGCCGCCGUUCCCCGUAUGAAUACUGUUGGCCGCUCCCCGCUAUGCUGUACACAGCAGAAGAGAGAUGGGGAUUGGAAAAUUGAAAGGCCUCAUGGUCUGCCCUCCGCGGUUGUCUUGUCUCGCAGACACUGUCGCGGGAUACAGGUCUCUGCUAUCCAGCCCAGAGCUUGGUAAAGUUGGCAAAAGCAUCCUACCCACCUCAUUUGUUUCAUUUCAUCCUCCACCGUUCAACUCUUUCCACUCUGCAGAAUUGAUCUCUCGCGUCCACGUCAAUUGCGACCAAUUCACUAUGGCAAGCACUAUGGCCGUCUCGGGCGAAGAAGUCCCUCGGCCCCCCUCUGCUAGGGUGAUUUGGAACGAUUCGUGCCGCAAGCUUGGACGUCAGAACAAGUUCAAGAUUCUCGACUUUUCCAAGGAGCAGUACAAUAGUUUGAGCGAAGAGGUUCGCGCUGGGCUAACGCGUCGAAUGGAGUAAGUUGGAUCAAUUACAUUCCCUGCUUCUGCUGAC